CCCCCCCCCCCCCGCAGGCCGGGAGGGGCCGCGUUUAGGAGCAUUACGGUACCCGUUGGCGUCACUUCCGCCCUACGCCUCCCGCGGCAAGAUGGCGGCGCCCUUGCGGCGGGCGCUGGCGGCGCUGGCGCUGGGCCCGGUCCCGGCGCGCGGGUACCGAGCGGCGCCGCUGCGGCGCAGCCUGGGCGGCCCGUACCGGCCCGACCCCGCGGACCCGCGGACGCCGCCGUGGCAGCUGGAGCCGCGCUACGAGGCGCGGCUCUUCGGGCGCUUCGGGGCGGCGUCGGGGGUGGCGGCGGCGCGGCUGUGGCCGGACCCCGAGCGGCUGCGGGAGCUGGAGGCCGAGGAGCGCGAGUGGUGCCCGGCGCUGCGCGACAUGGAGGCGGCGCUGGAGCUGCGCGAGCGGCAGGAGGAGCAGCGGCGGGCCGAGAGGGCGCGGCGGGUGGCGGCGGCGCUGGCAGCGCUCCCGGCGCAGAUGGCGGCCUGGCGGCAGCGGCGGGAGGAGGCGGCGGCGCGGCAGCGGGGGGGGGCGCGGGGGGGGGCGGCGGCCGGGGGGGGCCCCCGGGCCCGGGCGCUGCAGGAGGAGCAGGAGCGGCAGCGGCGGCGCCAGGACAAGCGGCAGCGGCGGCAGCGGCGGCAGGAGGAGGCCCGGCAGGCCCUGGCAGCCGCCCGCGAGGCCGCCGCCCCCGCGCCCCCCCCCGUGGCCCCCUGAGCCCCCCCCGAGCCGCGGUGACCCCCCCCAACCACAGAGACCCCCCCUCAAACCACAGUGACCCCCCCAUGUGCCCCCCGGAACGGCAGUGACCCCCCUGCGCCACCCCACGCCCCCCCCCGAGCCGCAGUGACCCCCCCAUGUACCCCCCCGAGCCGUGGUGACCCCCCCCAACCACAGAGACCCCCCCCUCAAACCACAGGGACCCCCCCAUGUGCCCCCCGGAACUGCAGUGACCCCCCUGCACCACCCCACGCCCCCCCCGAGCCACAGUGACCCCCCCA